AUCAUCUUUGCAGAUGAGUGCACAGAAGCUGAAGGCCGUCACUGGCACAUGCGCCAUUUCUGCUGCUUUGAGUGUGAGGAGGCCCUAGGUGGGCAACGAUACAUCAUGCGUCAACGUCGCCCCUAUUGCUGCCGUUGUUACGAGAGCCUCUAUGCAGAAUAUUGCGAUGCUUGCGGGGAGCACAUUGGUAUUGACCAGGGUCAGAUGACCUACGAAGGCCAGCACUGGCACGCCACCGAUGCCUGUUUCAGCUGCUCCCGCUGCCAGCAACCCCUGCUGGGGAAACCUUUCCUGCCCAAACAGGGCCAGAUCUUCUGCUCCCGGGCCUGCAGCCUCGGCGAAGACCCCAACGGCUCGGAUUCCUGUGACUCUGCCUUGCAAAGCACCCGUCCUCAGGAUGUUCGGAGGACCAGCUGGCAGCAGCGCCGAGUUCAGUCCCAGGGCACGUCACCCUCCUCCAUCACCCGCUCCGUUUCCUUUGCGGGGCAGACGGUACCGUCAGACUCGGCCCCAAGGAUCCGAAGGAGCUGGAGCGGGGCGCCUGGGGAUGAGGACGAGGAGGUGCCCACAGAAAUGGAAGAGCUCUCUGAUCCAGACAGCAAUGGUUCCGGCUACAGCCAGAGCUGUGAGGAGCCAGUGGAACGGGCUUCCCGGGGAACGUCCACUUGCCUGCCUCCAGCCACUGACGAGGAGGAACCAGGAACAGGGACCGAGAUCCAGCCACGUUUCCAGCGUACCUCCCCCUUGCGCCACUCGAUGCCGGAGCUGGGAAUGCCCUCUUCCAAAACCUCCGACUGGAGCAGCAAUUCCACUUCCAAAAUUCAAGCCGCUACCCGGCCACGGCUCAGCGAGGGCAGGGAGCCCGGGACUUUUGCUCGGGGAGGAAUACCCCGGGUUAGCUUCCGGGAACCUUUAAUCUCGGGAGAGCCCAGCACCCCUGAGCAAGCCUCCUUGGAGACCCCGAUGGUGCAGAAGGGGGGAGCCAUCCGGGGACACCCUCGCUCCACUUCCGAUAACUCGCUCAACCUGGGGAGCCAAGACUGGAGGCCGAGGAAGGGUAGGGGGGAACGGAGGGGAGCCAACCUCUCCUAUUCAGCUUCAGAGAGCGCUUUUCCUGCCUGGCACCGGCGCUACCCACCCCGGGGAUGGGACUUCAGCUCUUCUGAGUCUUCCGAUUCGUCCUCGGAGGAAGAAGGCUACUUCCUAGGGGAGCCUAUACCGCUGCCGCCUCAUUUGCGUGCUGGAGCCAGUUCCCCAGAGGUCACGCCGCCCAGUGAAUCGGCUCGCAAACGGCAGCGCCGAAGACUGCGGGUGGUCCGGGACAAGAACUGUGUGGUGGCCUGAGCUGUCCCGGCUUUGCUAUUGCCGUCCAGCCGUAGUCGUCGGGCUUCGGGGCUUGUCUGAAUGGUGAAAUGUUGAUCUUUCUCUCUCUGGGGGCCUCUGCAGCCGUAGGCCGUUGUUUCUUCCUCCUUGACCCGUGCCUAUUAACCAAGGAUUCUCCUCGGAAAGUGACCUCUGUCAUCAUGACCGCUGUUUCUGUUGAAACCUUUCCUCAGGGAGAUUUGAGUUGUUGUUUCCCCCCCCCCUCCCACGCUGACCUCUGAUCUUUAGACGUGACCCUUGUGUGAAGAAUCUGGAAGUGUGUGUCUGUCUCUCUCUCUGUCUCUGUCUCUGUCUCUCUGUGGUGCUCUUUGAACUGUGGUAGUUUAUUUUCCAUGGUGGCCUUUUGACCUCUCAACUGUGACCUCCUGAACGCAGCUUUAACUUUGUCCUCUGGAAAGUUCAAGUCCUGUAUAAACCUCUUCCCCGGUUCCCCGCCCCCUGCCCCGCCCGU